AUGAAGCAGCUACGCAAGCGUAAGGUCGGCGCGGAGGGCCGCGACCAGCGGCAACAGCCAGGGGCGAAAUGGGGGCGUCGGCGCACGUCGUCGGCCCUCCAGCUGCUGGCGUCCCCGCUGGUAUCGCGGUCGCCGUCGCCGGCCUGGUGCGAGAUGUCGGAGAGGGAGGUGUCCUCCGACGAGGAGGUCGACGGCGGCCCCACCGCGGAGAUGGUCACGGUGGAGCUGUCGUCGACAGAGGAGGACAGCGGCGGUGAGACCGUAACGCCCGUGGUCUCGUCGGAUGAGGACGACGACCGGCGGGCGGCGAAGGCCAGGAGGAGCUACAGGCAGCUCAGGCGGGCCGUGGCGGGCGGCGAUUUUAUCCGAUGCGGAACGGAGGCUCCGUCGGGGGACCCCGCAGAGGUGGCAGCCAUUGUGGCCAGGCGCCAAUGGACGCUGCGACGGCUACAGGAGCAGGAGAGGGAGAGGGUGGCGGCGUGGGAGGCGUGGCAAGUGCGCCUCCAGCAGGCAGAGGAAGAGGAGGCCGAGUUAUGGAGGCCGCCUCCAAGAUCGCCACCACCGCCACCGCCGAAAUUGCAAUCGCCACCACCGCCACCGCCGAAAUUGCAAUCGCCACCGCCAUCGGCGAAACUGCCGUCGCCACCGCCGAGACGGCCGUCGCCGCCGAAGCUGUCACAGCCGCCGCCGCCGAAGAUGUCACCGCCUCCUCCGCCGGCGUGGGUGUGGCCACCACGGCCGGAAGGACCGUUGCCGUCGUCGACGCCGCCGCUGCCGCGAGGGCCGCCACCGUCGCCACCGCUACCGCCGCCACUGCCGCAAGGGCCGCCGCCGUCACCACCGCCGCCGCCGCCAGGGUCGCCAGUGGCAAGAAGCACGCCGCCACUGCCGCAAGGGACACCGCCGUCGGCGCCGCAACCGCCGCCACGACCGCCGAAGCUACUCCGGCAGGUGUCGUGCCCGGAGGCCCAGGCACCGAAGAGGCCCACCUUGCGGAGGACGGUGUCGGUGGAGCCCGCCGGGCGGGAGAUAGCCCUUGCGGAGUGUCCGGAGGCGGUGAGGGUCGAGGCGGAGAAGCAGGCCCAACGAGGGAGGACCCAGCGGUGGGCCAAGCUGAUGUGGUCGGAGGGGGCCCGCUACCGCAUUAAGAUGGCGGGCGGGCGGGCCAGGGUGUUCAAAACAAAAUAA